CAAAACAAAACUACAUGCCAUUGAUAACACCUGGUUCGAUUCAUGAACAAUCGAUGGAAUAUCGUUUUAGAUUAAUCUUUUAAUACAUUCUUUAUAUGCUAAUUAUACUUCUAUUAGGAUUUUAGAUUGUGUUGAAUAUUGGUACCGUACACAUAUCGUCUACUGUCAGUUUAGUUAAAUGUUGAUUUUAUUGUUAACAAUAUUGAUGAAUUGACUUUAAAGCGUCACCACAACAAGUUACAUGUAACGAUAUUGGUGAAUUGACUUAACGCCAACAAGACAGUACUUUCCAUAAAAUUUUACUUUAAAAUCCACAUGGUAAAAUUAAGAUCUAGAGUUACCCCAACAAUGUCGGAGGAUUAAACAGCGAGAUAGGCACAUUGUAAAAUACCUUUAUCUAGUUGAAGCAUUUAAGAAGUUGCUAGCUUGUCAAGUACUAGUAAAGGACUUGAGAUUGAGAAGGGCAGAGUUUAUCAGACCUGUAUUCACUGUAAAAAAAUGGCAUGGAGCCUAAGAAUAUGUGUUAAAAAGGGGCAUGGCGCUUGGCCAUAGCAAUCCGGCUUGUGGGGAAAAAACUACAUUCUUCUGGUGGUGUUCGAAACGAUAUAUAUGCGAUACUUGCAUUCACAUAUUUUGGUUCAUACAAGUAGAACAUAAAGUAAUCCCAGACCUAUAAUUAUCAAGGAGUUCUGGAUUCUCCUAGACCAAUGCUUAUUAAUUAUCCAUUCUAUUUUUCAAUCGGCGCUAAUGCAACCAUUACAAUCAGUGCUAAUACAACCAUACUGAUAUGGCUUUUAUGAGGUGUACUUGAGUAGGGACCUGCAGGCGUCGGACAAAGGUAUUUGCAUGAUUACGUUUAAAACAACGAAAUUGUGCAAAUACUUUUGUCUUGACCAUAAAUUUGCCCCUGACUUGCUGUUAAAACAUUGUGCUCUAUCUAGCUAUAUAGUCUGCACUCUGUAUUGAAAAUCAUACCAUUAUUAGCAUUUCCAAAAUAUAUGGGACUCAUUUAAUGGACACAUUUGGUCCUCUUCAGUUGAGAAAGUACAUCUUAUAGUAUAAAUCAUAGAAAAUCAAAAGUAAGAAGAGAAAUUUAAAUUAUAGAGGUAUAAGGCUUCAGAUGGAACAUAUAUCUAUGAUAUAGUGUGUAAAAUGUCAGAUUUUAGUCUGGGCAUUGGCCUGAGUUAUAAAAAGGACUAUAAUAGAGAUUUAUCUAGUAAUUGUUUUUGACGCUUUUCUAUUGAAGAAGGUACAUUUAUGAUGUCCAGAAGUAAAGACUUCUAUUCAUGGUGAUGACUUGGUGUACCUAUAAUAAUUGUAAGAGUUCCUGUGUGCUUUGGGACGAGACCAGGAUUCAGCAAUUUUAGUCUAGUUCUAUAUUUUGACUAUUCUUUUUUUCAGCUUUAUUCCAUCUGAACAUUUUUUUUUUCUUUACAACUUUCAAAAAACAAGAAAAGUAAAUUUAGAUAAGAUAGAGGAAGUUAAGUUUACGGUGAAAUGAAAAGAACACUUCAAUUAAGAUUGCAUGGUGAUUAAGAGACUUGUAUUGCGGAUGAGAACAGUCAAGAGGAUUGAAAAUUGUGUCAUAAAAUAAAGAGACUGUGAAUACAAACUGUGUUGCUGUCAGCAGUCCAGGAAAAAGCUGUUUGUCAAACUGACGUAUUUUCAGGAAGUUCAACAAAGAUGACAACAUCUAAUGACGAUUGCUUUUACUUCUAUACGUCGACAUGUGCAAAGGGAGACGACUGCGCAUACCGCCAUUGUGAAGCUGCACGAAAUAGCACCAUGACCUGUGUUUUCUGGAAACAGAACAAAUGUAAAUCUACUGAGUGUCCAUAUCGUCAUUCAGAGAUGAUCAAACCGAUUAUGCAGAACAAAGCAGAGUUACCCUGUUACUUUGAGACUAUAGCUAGUGGCUGUACCAGGUCCUCCUGUCCUUUUAAACAUCUGAAACCACGACCCCCAAAAGUGCUGAAGGCUAGCAGUAGUAGUACCAACAUCAUCACUCUAGUUGAUGCUACACAGGAUGAUGGUACGAGUCAGCCAACACCAGGGACCCUAGCAGAGUCUGAUUCCCUAAAGGGUCCAGUCAUCGAUCCCAUUAUAGUCAACCCAGCAGAGGAUUCUGAUUUUGACAGUCCUUUUAGUUCACCAGUAAAAAGUGUCAUUCAAAAAUCAGCAUCUGUAUCCAAUGUUAUUGAUGUAGCAAGCAGAAAAGAUCUGACAUUUCAAGAAACAGGAAAGAAAAAUGAUCCACCCUCAGCGGACUCUGGAAACAAAAUUAUAUCCCCGUCCUCACCUAAACUGUCAGGUAAAACGUCACCUCAGCUCAAACGUGCUCCAUCAGAAACAGAGCCAUCGAAAGCCGUUUCAUCAUCUUGUCCAUCAAAAACUGUAUCACAAGUGAAAAAGACUUCUCCGUCAACUAAGUCGAAUUUAAAAGUUAGGAAAUUAUCUGUGAAAAAUGGCAUGUCAGGAACUCGGCCAUCAACAGCACAUCAGACGAAACAACCUGAUAAACGAUCAGGAACACCUCAACAGAAUCGUGCGAGAAAGGCUUUAGCAACAGCGAAAGAACGGUCCAAACAUUCAGCAUCACAUUCAGCUCAGACUGCAGAGGAAGCCAAAAAGUCAACUGAAGUGAAGAAAGAGGUGACUUCCAUUCCAGCGGAAGCAAAAGUUAUAUCACUGAAGAAAAACUCCCAAGAAAAAGAAGAAGAAGUUGUAGAGGUAAAGACAACAGACGAGGAGAAUUCAGACGAGGACCUGGGGAUAAAAAGUCUGGAGCAAACGUUGAGAGAGAGAGCGUUGCGGUCAAUGGGUAUCAUCGAACUGAAAAGUGGGCGGAUUGUAAGAACUAAAGAUCAACCGGUAAAGAAAGAAGAGCCAGUCAAGCGUAGAAAGCGCUCCUCAAGUGAUGAUAAAAGUAAGAAAGGUAAAUCGGAGAGAAAUUCCACUGAGAAGUUACCAGUACAUAAGCGAAUAGGCACUGUAAAACGCACACCGCCGGAUAGGAAGAGGAGUGUAGAUGAGCGCAACUCUCAGGCUCGAAAUAAGGAGAGAGAGGAGAGGAUUAGACGUCUCAAACUGGAACAGGAGCGCGAAAAUAAACGCAGACAAAUCAUGGCCGCUAAGAAGAAAGCAAGAGCCCAAAAAGCUUUAGAAGCUGCAGUAGUUAAAAAGGAAGAAUCAGAGAAAGAAUCGGCCAGUGAGGAGGAAGACAGUGAAGAAGAGGAAGCAGAGGAAAGUUCAUCUGAUGGAGGGAACGAAGAAGUGAAGGAUGAAGAAGAGGAGCUUGGAGAAGAGGUGGACAUAGAGUUAGGAGAGGGUGAACUUGAGGAGGAGGAAGAAGAAGAGGUGCCUGUGAAGAUCGUGUUUGAUACGCGGAGAGCAAUAAGAAAAUCAGAUUCGGUAGAAAACUUCACCAUCAAGAAACCAGUAUCUGUUGAGCCAGUUAAAGCAAAAGUUGUCCAGGAAGUCACAAUCAAGAAAACAUUUGUUGUACAACCCAAAGAAGAAAAAGAAAAACCAAAGCGUAAGAGAAGAGUCAUACUGGAAGAUGAUGAUCCAGCUCCACUACCAGUGUUUUCUAAACGAAGCAACAUCAGUAAAGUUGAGGAGGUGAAGACAAAGGUCAAGGAGGUCAAGAAACCAAAGAUAGAGAAGAAACCAGAAGAGAAACAGUUAAAACCAGUCGUCCAACCGAUGGUCAAGGCAGUGGUCAGUGCUCCAAAGGUCUGGGCCACAAACGUAUGGAGCAGGCGGGCGUGGGACAGUAAACCAAAGGAGUCUGGCGAUAGUGCCGAUUCUCGUCCCAGCUUGGGGGGUAUACGUAGCCGAUUAGGAAUCCCUGGGGCCUCGUCUGUCAGCUCCUCAGGGGACCAGGAGAUGAAGAACAAGGAGGCAGAACCAAAAUUAAGGAGAAGGCUUGGCUGGAGGAAGACGCCAGUUGUCUCAGCGGAUGAUGACACUGACUCAGAUUCUUCUACUGCAGCGAAGAAAGCAGUGAGCUUAGCAGCAAUCAGAGCACGAGUUGGACAAAAACUAACAACAGGGAGUGAUGAGGGAUCGACCUCCAUCCAAUCAGAUUCCAGGGAAGACGUGUCGGCAGCCAGUAGGAAAUAUAGGCAGCCCAUACAGAUCUAUGUACCUCCACCAAAGAAACGUCCUAAUUCUGUACCAGAAGAUGAAGAACCAUCUAAGAAGAGAUUCACUGGAAGAGACAUGGAGGGAUUCAAAGAGGAGAUAAAACCAGUGAAAACAUUUGUUCAAAUAAUGGCAGAGAAAAGAGAACGACAGAAAAAAUUAGUGGAGGAACAGAAAAACACUUCGUCAUUAGAAAGCUCUCCAACCAAGAAGACGUAUGCUCCUGUGAAGUUUGCCAUCGACGAAACAGAUUUGGCCGACGACUCCACAAGAUCAAGAUUACCAAAAGAAUCUCUUUCGUCAUUUCCUGUUUCGAAUUCUGUGCCAUCAUCCUCACCACCAUCAUUAGAACGUUCCAUGGUUACCUCAUCCAACUCACAGAGUUGGUCAUUUAAAGAACAAAUAAGUCCGCUCUCCUCACAACUUUUACAUGACAUGCCUACCGAUAGUGACAAUUUAGGUGUUUCUGAUAUAGACAGUCGGCUUUCAGAGAAAAUCUUACCUCAAACAUCCACAAUGGAAACUGCACCUACAAUUGCUGUGCAGGAUUUUAGCUCAACACAAGACUUUAUAGAAGACAGCUCUAUUGGACUGUCAGAGAAACGGGACCAAAUUUGUGUGGAGGAUUUUUCACUGCCAAGCAGUAAGAUGGAACCUGUUAUGGCCAUCGCCAGUGAUGUGCAACAGGAAGAAAAAGAAGUGUCACCCACCAAGAGGUCAUCACGUAACGACAGUUGGCUAGAAGACAUCGACAUCAGUGAUCUUGAUGACGAGAAAUCAGAAGAGGAAACUAAUGAUGACGACUUGCUCAGGGAAAUUGAUGAACUUCUUGCAUAAGAACAUUAAAGACGCAUAAAUUGGUGAUGAAAGUAACGAAACCAACCGGAAAAACUUGCAUUUAUCGCAACUAAAGUUAGAAGGAAUUGGUGAAAUAUGUUUUACAAGAAAAAAAAUAACCCCUUUGAUGGUUUAUUAUAAAGUUAGUACUCUCUAUCAAAUGUUACUUUGAAAUUGUGUUUGGAAAAAAAUGAUAUAAAGAUGGAUAUUUGUAUAUAUGUAUAUACAUAUAUGUGAUAUGAAUUUGAUGAUUGUUUGAAUAGUUGUGCUAUCUACAAUGUAUUUAUCAAAGACUGAUCUUGUAUUCUUGUAAUGCUUCUGGAACUAAGAAUUGUAAUGUGAUUAUAUUUACUUGUUUAUGUACAAGAUAUUUUUGCCAUAUACAUUUAUUGUACGAGUGUGGAUGUGUGUUCGAAAGUGUUUCUUAAAGGGAUGUGGAAUGAUAAUGUUAAGGUUAUUCUAGAUUUCAAUAUAUGUAUUUUGGAAGAUUUUUACUGUAGAACAUGGUAUUUGAAGAAUCUUAAACUGCCUAUAAUUAAUUGUUAGUUGGCCAAGGCAAAACGUUUUGAUGUUGUGGCUGGGCGAGGAAGAGGCCUGUCACAAAAGGUGACUUCCUUCCCCACCCCCAAACCUUCCUCAUAUAUUUAUUUCUGGAAUAACUCUUUUGUUAAAUGGGAACCUCAGCAUUGUAUUUAUCCCCUUAGGAUAGGAAUUUGAGCAUCUGUUGAUUGGAUGUUUAUUUCAAAGUCAUCGUUUUAAGUAUGUGUUCUAUUGUAAUAUUGAAAAGUAUACUUUUGGAACUUCAACAGGGAGAAGUGAUGCUUUCAUCUGUGGUACUGUUACAAUUGACAAAAUAUGGCACUUAUUAAAUGGUCACUUACAUACACUUUGUGAAAUAUCUAGGGAUGUUUGUCAUGAAAAUGGAUUAAAUAUGAAUUCCUUAAGUUAAGUUAGGUGUUAGAAGUUGGCCUGGUUAAUGUAAAAACAAAACAAAAGUUUCCUUGAAAAUCAACAAAAUCUGAAGGCAGUUUUAGAAAAUCUCCAAAAUAAAAUCCACAAAAUGAGAAAUUAAACUUGGAAGUCCUGAAAAUGUACACAAUGAAAAAAUUUAAUUAAAAAAAAGUAUUUACAUCAAUUUGACCUACUUAUAUUACAGGCUAGUGGUUGAAGAGUAGGUGGGGGAAUAUUUAACUUUAUAAUUUGUACAAUUAGGAUUUAUAAUCGUAAAAAAAAAUAUUAUGUAUGUUUUUGAUUGUCUUGAAUUUUGUGCUUUUGAUUUAUAUUUCAAACUAAAUGAAUGAUGUUGAAAAUGGAAAAAAAAACAAUUGGAAGAAAAAGAACUAAAAAUUAAAAAAAUACUUAAAUGUAUUACUUUAUCAGGUUUUAAAUGAUAGAAUCAUUUAGAAAAAAAAUCAGUUAAGAAGUAUAUUCAAUAGAAACAUUUUGCAUUGCUAUUUGUCAAAACUUUCAUUCUUCAAAAUGAAAACUUUGGUUAUAUAUGGUUUUUACCAUGGGAUAUUUCUUGGUUUUGAAAUUCCAAAAACAAAAAUGAACACAUGUGCUUCUUGUCAGCAAUGUUUGAAUCUUUGGUAACAACUUUAAUUGAUCAAAACAUGGUUUAAUGUGAAUUAAACUCCAGGGAGGUAAGUAUAUUGGCUACAAAACAAAAAACAAAAAUGAAAAAUUCUUUACCUUUCAACCAACAAAAAUGGUCGGUAAGAGAUUUAUAAAUUAACUCCUGCUAACCAAUAGUUUCUGGAGCAUCUCUUUGAAAAAAAAAUCAUUAAAAUUUAAAACAACUUUUCAUUACAUAUGUAGAAUUAUCAAUUUUCCCUUGUAAAAUCCAAUCAAUUUCGACACUUCAUCUUCAGGUCACCCCAUAGGUCCACAAAACAUGAAAAACAGAAUGUGUUGUGGGUGAAAUUGUAAUGUUAAUAUCUGUAGCAUUGGUGUGAUGUUCUGAAAAGCUAUCUUUAUCAAAAUAUUAAUUGUGUUAUUAAACAAAAGAGCCUUUUUUCCGCUCCAACAUAGUGCCAGAGAACUAACUAUUGAAUUGUUUUCAGUGAUCAUUCAGUUUGAUUCUCGAUUCUUGAUAUUAAUCUACAUUUAAAAGAUGAAGUUUUUUUAAUGUUUUCAUUUAUAGUAAAACCUUCAUAUACUGUCAUCAUUAUGCCACAGUUUUGGCAUUAUAAAGGUUUGGUGAUACAUUUGUCACUAGAGAAAAGAAAUUGGGGCCCCAAGAUAAUAUUGGUACACGUAUGUAUAUAGACAAAGGACAUUAGAUCAUAGUUUGGUGAUGUCCCGCCAGAGAAAAAGUAAAGUGGCCUUAAAAUAAUGUCCGUAUAAAGAGUAAGGGCAUUAUAUGGAGGUUUUACUGUAGUUGCUGUUGUAUUAGAACUUUAUUUUGUAUGUUGAUGUUUGUAAAGCUGUUUUGAUCAACAGUAAAUAAAGUAUUAUAAUAUGAGGUUCCAAAUAUUAUUGAGAAAAGGCGUCUGGCAGUUUGUGUUAAGUGUGUGUGUGGUAGGGUGUGGAUCACAAAACUUACUCAAGUGUGGGAAUAUAGGAUUUAGAUAUUCUGCCUGAGGGGCCACAAAAUUAUAAAGACCCUUAUUCAUAAGUUUUAUAACAUUUUGUAAACCCCUCAUGGAAAAUAUCCCAAUCCAUCUUUCACAGUUUGGAAUUCAUUGUUUUCCCUCAUAUCUGACGAUGUAAUUUGAGAUUAUCACCAGAAUUUUAUCUUCAAACUGACCGGGAUGCUGCCGUUUUCGACGUCACAGUUCACAAUAUUACAAAUUUACCGUAUUACAUAAUUUAGCAUCCAUGUUGUACAAAUGCAGAAAUCGUAUAAUGUACAUUACAUAUUUAGAUAUGAGGGAAACAAUUGUUUUGUUUCGUUGUAUACAUGUGUGUCAAUGUUAAAGAAUUCAUUUGUCCAGAAGCAUUAUAUACAAAAUGUAAAUGUGUCAAGAAAAUGUGUCAAGAAUUACUGUAGAUAUUUUUUCUAUGGCGUAAGCUAGGCAAAAGCAUGGUACAUGAUUCAUAUGUUGUUCAUUGUUUAAAAUGUUUUUGAAAUAAUUAAAAUAUGUGUGGGACACAAAUGGUAUAAUUUAAUUUGAAGGGAGGUAUCUGCAUCUUAAAAAAUUUAAAUGUUGAAUAAUGUUCAUUUCAUGGUCAGAUUGGUUGUUAUUUUCAUUAUCGAAAAUCUUUCAUUAAAUUGUGUAUUUAUGUUUAUUUUUUUACUAUAACUUGUUACUUUGGUGCAUUUGGAAUGUUCCAUUAUAUCAUGUCUAUUUGAUUGUUAAGUUUGUCAAUACCAAGACUUUAUCAAGGAUUUUUUCACCCCAAAAGUCAAUUAACUUUUUAUGAAAUUUUUUGAGGAAAAAAAAUCAUAAAACUUUGAAGAAAGAAUAAAAAAAAUAUUUAGUGCAAUUUAAUAUGGAAUGAAAGAAUUUAUUAUAUGUGUAAGAGUUGUUAAAUUUGAAACUGUUGAUUGAAUAUGUAUAAAUCUUUGGAUUUUUGUGUGAACAUGGGAAUAGUGUGAUUUUGUAUGUGUUUAUAAGAAAUCGGUAGAGAGUACUGUUGGUGGUCAAGAUUAUAUAGAGAAAUCUUCUGCAACCUUUCACUUCUGAUAGAGAAUGUACAUUGUAACGGAGGAAGGAAUAUGUGUUUGAGCAAAAAGGGGGUUUCCCGUUUAAAUGAGUGGAUGUUUUGGGAGGCAAAGUUAAGGUGCGAGUGCUUAACUACACACUCCGAUAUAUUUCAUGUUGAAUUGUAAAAAUACUGAUAGCUGUUCAAUAAUUUCAAAUUGUGCUGUCACCUCUUGAAAUAAAGGUUUAAAGCCAA